UUCUCAGACUCAACUUUGAGUCUCCUCAACUUUUGUUGAAGUUAGGAACAUUAUUGUUUAUACGCAGUACAUGCAGCCUUGAAGAUUAUCGGGAUUCUAGGUUCCGCUACCCCUCUAUCUUAUACCGUGAAGUAUGUAGAUAACGUUAUCGAUUACCAAAAGUGCCCCUCCAUCCGUUGUUCUCUCAGCCUUACCCAGGCUUUUUUUUUCUUAGCCUCGAAACUCAUCAGAUACCUAUAUUCAAUACUUCCUCUGCCAUGCAUAGACGCGGCCUUAACACCUCAUUUUUGUCAAUUGAGAGCUAGUUUCUACUACACACUCGAAACUACCUAAAAUAUAUUAAUUAAUAUUUAUUAAUAUGUCGGCUGUCUCACCAUUUCUCGACCCUGGUCCUCGGACGACACAGAAUACAUUGGUUCUAGCUCAUCUAUCUCGAGAUAGCAUCCAGCCCAUUUACUUAAAAGAUACUUCUGGUACAGCCGAUGGAUAUGUUGAAGGUCCAGUUUUGAAUACACGAUUUGGCUCAUUUCCACAUUCAACUUUACUCGAUAAGCCUUGGGGUUCGCAGAUACGUGCCUCAGUUGUAGACACAGGUUCUAGAGGUAGAAAGCUGAAGCUUCAACGUGAAGGUGAAGAGCUAGAUAAUAGCGUAGAGGACGUCGUAUCAAGCACAGCGGCAGCCAAAGAUGUCAAGACGGCACCGAGUGGCUUCAUACACAUUCUACCUCCUACCCCUGAGUUAUGGACAACGAGUUUACCACAUCGAACUCAAGUAGUAUAUACGCCUGACUACAGCUACAUUCUCCACCGGAUCCGCGCCCGUCCCGGUAUGAAGAUAAUUGAGGCCGGGGCAGGGAGCGGAAGUUUUACGCACGCUUCCGCUAGGGCCGUUUACAACGGUUACCCCAAAGACGCACACGAUAUAAAGGGCAAAGUUUUCAGUUUCGAGUUUAACCACGAUCGAUAUCAGAAGAUGCAAAAGGAAAUCGAGGAUCAUCGCUUAGAUGGAAUCGUUCAGAUUACCCACAGAGAUGUUUAUAAUGACGGCUUUCUGGUCGACGGCGAAAGUCCCGGAGCUGAAUGUGUCUUCCUCGACCUACCAGCACCUUGGAAAGCACUUCCCCAUCUUGCGAGAAGUAGACCAACACCAUCUCAACUCUCAAGCAGCGGGCUAGACAGUCUUGAAGACACUGGAUCCGAAUGGAAAUCCCCGCUUCGUCCGGAUCGGACUGCCUAUCUUUGCACCUUCUCCCCGUGCAUUGAACAGGUUACUAGGACCAUUGAUGUCAUGCGCCGCCUGGGUUGGAUGGAAAUCGAAAUGGUCGAAGUUGCACAUAGGAGGAUAAAUGUCAUGCGAGAGCGGAUUGGUUUAAACUUACCUGCGGGGGAUCGAGGCGCGAGCCAGACAGCAGCGAACGUUGCAGAGGCUCUGGCCAAGUUACAGGAAGUCGAAGGUCGAGUUAAGACUUUUCGCGGUCAAUCCCGUGAUGAGGAUGUUGAGAUGGGUGAAGAUGACGUGGCGACGGCCGAUGGCAAUCCUAUCGACGGCAGUAAAACAUCUAUACUAGGCAAUGAGUCCGAAAGUGUUCAAUCACACAAACCCUGGAUGACAGGGAGAGUGAUUCAUCGGACAGAACCCGAGAUCAAGACGCAUACUUCAUACCUCGUCUUCGCACUACUGCCGCAGGAAUGGACAGAAGCGCAGGAGGCAGCAGCUUUUGAAAACUGGCCAUGCGGAAAGGAAAGCAAGGUCAUCGGAAAAUUAGAUAAGGAAGCACGAAAACAAGAGAAGCGAGAAUUACUCCAGGGAAAGAAGAGAAAGAAGGAUACUGAUAGCAGGUCCGAAGCUGAGCGCCCUUUACCAAAGAAGAGUAAGACGCCAUAGGUGGAAAACUUAAGAUACAUAGGUGUAGAUAUGGCAUAUGAUACCCCGGCCUAUAUGGUCAUUCAAUCAAUCUGAUAAGGACUCGUACUUGUCUCAAUAUCUAGGUAUUAUGUAUAGAUCUCCAGCCACAAGAUCUUGUAUACUCUAUAGAUUAAAACCUUGUAAAAAUAUUAUCAAAUAACUAAUUGAC